AAGUGACCUUGAGCAACCUUUGCGAUCGAGGUGCCAUGCGUACGGAUUCGUGAUGACCAAGUCUGAUGAGUAUAAUGAGACGCAUCUCUCGCGCUGCGCCCCACCCCCGCGGGCGCAUGGAGAGGUUGCUUGCUGCCUUUUGGAGAGAUCGCCCGACGCGCUAAGGAUCAGCAAUCGGGCGCACGAGUCGCCUAGCUUGCAUGGCACUCGUGACUUGUGUUACGUAUGGGGAACCAUGCAGCACCCGGAAAGAUCGGUCAGCGUUGCCCUCCGCCUCACAGAGCGGCAGAUCACGAGUCAUCUUCUGGAAGCACCAUUCGAGCGCCCUUACCAGCAGAAAAAUACGUCAUCAACAGAGCACUCGUCACUCACAACCAAGGCUCUUGACAAAUUCUCUCAGACACUCCUCUGCCCAGGAUCGAGAUGGCCGGUCUUUAGAGUGAUGAGCUUCUUUCCCGUGUUGUCACACCGUGUCAGGCUUCUUCGACGUCAUGAUGGACGCAGCGCCUUGAUCUCGGGAUGUCAAGCGAGUCUUCAGUCCUUUGCGGCUGAUCAGCCGUCUUCUUCUUUUUUCCAAACGAUCCCCUUCAGCAGACCAUGUGACUCCGCGCGCCGGCUAGCUGCGACAUGAUGCCGGUGCACGGAACAGACCCUUCUGGACACCUUGUCGGGAUCGUCAUGAGAAGAUGCGUGCAGUCUUCCAUGGGCUUGCGAAUGACAACUCCGAUGGAUGGGGAGCACGGAUUGUUCGCACGCUUGAGCCUGCGUUCCGUCCCGCCGCGCGCGCGAUUUCCCAUCUGCCAAGCGCGUGCAGCAGCUAGCAACGCAGGCGCGCAGGCGCGCAGGCGCGCAGAGAUCCUCCGUGUGAGCAAGCAAAGCAAAGCAGCUAUAGAGCACAGCUUCACAGCACAGCACAGCAGGCAAGGCAAGAAAGCGAGCUAUC